AUGAACCUAAGCUUCUUCGAUCAAUUCUCGAGUCCAUCACUUCUAGGAAUCCCACUGAUUCUCAUCUCAAUAACAUUCCCAGCCCUACUUCUUCCCUCCCUAGACAACCGAUGAAUUACCAAUCGCCUCUCAACACUCCAACUUUGAUUCAUCAACCUAGUCACAAAACAACUAAUAAUACCCCUAAACAAAAAAGGACACAAGUGAGCCCUAAUCCUAACGUCCCUUAUAAUCUUCCUCCUAUUAAUCAAUCUACUAGGUCUAUUACCAUACACAUUCACCCCAACCACCCAACUAUCCAUAAAUCUAGCCCUAGCAUUCCCCCUAUGACUUGCCACUCUACUAACAGGCCUACGAAACCAACCAUCCGCUUCCCUAGGCCACCUCCUCCCAGAAGGCACCCCAACCCCACUAAUCCCAGCCCUAAUUUUAAUCGAAACAACAAGUCUACUUAUUCGCCCACUAGCCCUAGGAGUACGGCUAACAGCCAACUUAACAGCAGGCCACCUACUCAUUCAACUCAUCUCCACAGCCACAACAGCCCUAUUCUCAACGAUACCAGUAGUUUCCCUACUAACUUUACUAGUCCUGUUCCUACUAACAAUCCUGGAAGUAGCAGUAGCAAUAAUUCAAGCCUACGUCUUCGUGCUUCUAUUAAGCCUUUACCUUCAAGAAAACAUCUAA